UUUUAUUUUAUGUAAACAAAGGAUCACUUUUCUAUAUUGGUAGAAUUUAAAAAAAUAUUCAAUAGAAUGGUCAAAGUUGAUGUUGAGUAUUGUCCGAAAUGCAAUUUCGAGUGGCAAUGUAAAAUGCUCCAAAAUUUUCUACUACAACAACAACCAAAUGCGGAAGUCGUAUGUUCUAAAGGACGUCAGGGGUCAUUUGAAGUAAAAAUAGAUGAUACCUUGGUACAUUCCAAAUUGCAGUCGUUUGCAUUUCCUGAUCACGAAAGUGUUUUGGAAAAUGUACGACGUGCAGAAAAGGGACUUCCAAUAGAAAAGGUUAACGAGCAACCAAUUGACAAUUGUAUGUUGAUGUGAUAGCAAAAAUGCAA